UAGUACGGUCGCGAUUCUACGUCAGUGAGACGAGAGCGGCACGUUGUAUCGGACGCCGUCCCUGCUAUUUAUUAAGAAACCGGUUACUAGUAUCGACUAAAUCAAUGCGCAAAAUAUACAAUGGAUUUGAUAAGCAGAUUGAUACCUGAAGAUGCGCAAAGGACUUUGGUGUUCUUCGUCAACGGGAAAAAGGUCGUAGAAGACAAUCCAGAUCCAGAAUGGACACUACUAUUUUAUCUUCGCAAAAAACUUCUGCUAACGGGCACAAAAUAUGGAUGCGGAGAAGGAGGCUGCGGUGCAUGCACAGUCAUGGUUUCUCAAUAUUUGAAGAACGAAAAUCGUGUCAAACACAUUGCGGUUAAUGCAUGUUUGACACCUGUUUGCGCCAUGCACGGCUUAGCAGUCACUACCGUUGAAGGGAUUGGUUCUACACAAGAACGCUUGCACCCUGUCCAGGAGAGGAUUGCGAAAGCUCAUGGAUCUCAAUGUGGCUUCUGUACACCCGGCAUAGUAAUGUCUAUGUAUGCUCUACUUAGAAACAAGGGCAAAAUUAAUUAUAGUGAUAUAGAGACGGCCUUACAGGGAAACCUCUGCAGAUGCACUGGUUACAGACCAAUCAUUGAGGGGUUCAAAACAUUUGUAGAAGGAUGGGAAAGGCAUUACUGCCGUGAAAGUGGAAGCACUUCUUGUGCAAUGGGCGCUGACUGUUGUCGAAAUAAGACAGCUAAAAAUAAUGAUGCCGAACUGUUUAAUAAAUCUUCAUUCAAACCAUACGAUCCUUCUCAAGAACCCAUUUUCCCACCAGAACUAAAGAUAGAUGCCAGUUACUCGGAAGAGUAUCUAUUUUUCGCUGGAGAACAUGUUACAUGGAUACGGCCAAAAACGCUUGAUGGUUUACUCAAAAUAAAAUCCACCGAUCCAUCUUCAAAAAUUAUUGCUGGCAAUAGUGAAAUAGGAGUAGAAGUUAAAUUUAAAAAGAAAGUCUAUCCAGUGUUGCUGUAUCCAUUAAUUAUAUCGGAAAUGAACUUUUGCACUGUAUCGGAUCAGGGUAUUGUAAUAGGGGCUACAACAACGUUAAAUGAAUUGUCCAGUUUUCUCCAAAAACAAAUUGAUGAAAAUCCCACUAAAGCGAAAAUAUAUGCAGCAAUAAAAGAAAUGCUUCAUUGGUUUGCUGGUGAUCAAAUCCGUAAUGUGGCGUCUCUUGUGGGUAAUAUAAUAACAGCUAGUCCAAUAUCAGACUUAAAUCCCAUCCUGAUGGCAUGUUCCGCUGUACUGAACAUUCACAGCAAGAGUAGGGGUGAAAGAAAAGUUAUUGUCGAUGAUAAUUUCUUUAAAGGAUAUAGAAAAACUGGACUCGACGAUGACGAAAUUGUCGUAUCUGUUGAAAUUCCGUUCACCAAAAGUCUGCAAUAUUUUAAAGCGUAUAAACAAGCUCGACGAAAAGAAGACGACAUUUCUAUAGUAACGUCUGCGUUCAAUGUUACCUACGAUCCAAUUACCAAAUCAGUAUUAAAUGCAACAUUAUGUUACGGUGGUAUGGGACCCACUACUAUUUGUGCUAAAGCUACUUCAGAAUUAAUUAAAGGAAAAGGAUGGAAUAAAGAAAUGCUAAAUGUAGCAUUUGAAUCUCUAACAAACGAAUUGCAACUAGAUAUUUCAGCGCCUGGAGGAAUGGCCGAUUAUCGGAAAUCACUCUGUUUGAGUCUAUUUUUUAGGUUUUAUUUAUAUGUGUUACAAAAUAUCAACCAACCUAACACUUCUGAGAACAUGAAUGUGAAUGAAGAUUUUAGCGGUGUUGAAGAAAUAGCAAUAAAUCAUCCAUGCAGUUCACAAUACUUUGAAAUUAAGAAUAACGAUCAGGUAGCAUCAGACGCUGUUGGGCGACCAAUAACACAUACGUCAGCCCUUAAACAAGCCACUGGUGAGGCGAUAUAUUGUGAUGAUAUUCAUCCCGUUACAGGAGAGCUAUACUUAAAGCUAGUUUUCAGUACAGAAGCACAUGCAAGAAUUAAAUCAAUUGAUGCUAGUAAAGCUAUUUUGGUGCCAGGAGUAAAAGCAUUCCUGUCUGCCGCUGAUUUAGAUAGAGAAUGUAAUAAAUUGGGUCCUAUAAUAAAAGAUGAAGAAAUAUUUUCUAGCAAACUGGUUACUAGUCGUGCUUGUGUAAUUGGAGCAGUCGUGGCUAAUUCAGAAAGUGCAGCUAGGAGAGGAAAGGAUUUAGUAGUUGUUAAAUAUGAGCGCAUAGAGCCCGUUAUUGUAACGCUCGAAGAUGCAAUAACGCACGGUUCAUUUUUCUCCGGGUAUCCACGGAUUAUUCGAAAAGGCGACUUAAAUGAGGCACUUGCAAAAUCAAGUCAUGUUGUAGAAGGACACGUAAGAAGUGGUGCACAGGAACACUUUUACCUUGAGACUAUUUCUGCUUACGCUAUAAGAAGAGAAGAUGAGCUUGAAAUUACAGCUACAACACAAAACCCAGAGGAAGUAGCACAUAUAGCUUCGGCAGCACUUCGAAUACCUAACCAUAAAGUUGUUGCUAAAGUUAAAAGGGUCGGAGGUGGUUUCGGUGGUAAAGAAACAAGAGCUACUAUAUUGGCUAUACCCGUUGCUAUAGCGGCAUAUAAGCUAAAGACAGCUGUUAGAGCUGUACUAGACAGGGAUGAAGAUAUGCAGGCUUCUGGGUAUAGACAUCCUUGUUUGAUCAAAUAUAAAGUAGGAUUUACCGAAGACGGAAAAAUAACUGGUGCUAAAUUUGAGAUUUAUGGUAACGCAGGCAAUUCCAUGGACAUAUCUUGCUCGAUGAUGGAAAGGGCGAUAGUGCACGUUGACAAUUGCUAUUUCAUACCAAAUGCGGAGGUACAUGGAUAUCUUUGUAAAACCAAUAUGCCUUCGAAUACAGCAUUCAGAGGCUUCGGUGCUCCUAAGGCAAUGCUCGCUGCAGAAACCAUGAUGCGUCAUAUAGCUUCAACAUUAGGAAAGACUUAUGAACAGAUAGUUCAAAUAAAUCUUUACCAGGAGGGUGCAAUGACACAUUUUAACCAGAAGCUGACGUACUGUACUUUACCAAGAUGUUGGAAUAAAUGUAUUGAAACUUCUCAUUAUUGGAAGCGGAAGAAAGACGUUGAGGAAUUUAAUAGGCAAAAUAGAUGGAAAAAGAAAGGGCUCAGCUUGGUUCCAACUAAAUAUGGUAUAUCUUUCCAAACCGAUGUUUUAAUGCAAGCAGGUGCACUUUUGUUGGUGUAUAAAGAUGGAUCUGUCCUGCUUUCAAUAGGAGGAAUAGAAAUGGGUCAAGGACUCUUUACAAAAAUGAUACAAGUUGCGUCACGAGUGCUUGAAAUAGAUUACACGAAAAUUCACAUUAGCGAAAUGUCGACAGAUAAAGUUCCAAACAGUUCUCCAACUGCUGCAAGUAUCAGUUCUGAUCUUUAUGGCAUGGCAGUUGUAGAAGCGUGUAAAUCGUUGAAAGCAAGGCUAGAACCAUUUAAAGCAAAAAAUCCGACUGGUAAAUGGGAAGACUGGGUCAUAGAUGCUUGGGUGAAUAGAGUACAAUUAUCGGCCACUGGAUUUUAUGCUGCUCCAAAGAUAGAAUAUAACCCAGAGACGAAUUCCGGAAAUCUAUUUGAAUAUUUUACUUAUGGAGUGGCUUGUUCUGAAGUAAUCAUCGAUUGUCUGACGGGCGAUCAUCAGGUCCUUCAAACAGAUAUCGUUAUGGAUGUCGGAGAAAGUUUGAACCCUGCCAUAGAUAUAGGACAAAUAGAAGGUGCUUUCAUGCAAGGGUAUGGCUUUUACACAUUGGAGGAAAUGGUAUUCUCAGCUAACGGGGAAGCACUUUCACGAGGCCCUGGAGCAUAUAAGAUACCAGGAUUUUCAGACAUUCCGAAAGUGUUUAACGUUUCUUUGCUCAAGGGUGCACCGAAUCCACGUGCAGUCUAUUCAUCAAAGGCUGUGGGAGAACCGCCGCUAUUCCUUGCAGCAUCAGUAUUUUUCGCAAUCAAAGAAGCGAUAAAGGCAGCUCGGCUAGACCGUGGAGAAUCUCCAGACUUUGUGCUGGAUUCACCAGCAACAUGCGCUCGAAUUAGGAUGGCUUGUGAAGAUCUGAUUACUAAACAGGUGAAACCUACAAUAACCACCAAAGGAAAACCUUGGAAUGUUAUCGCUUGAAGAUCUGCAUUCAAUAAAUAUUGUAUAGCGGUAUAUUAUACCUAAUGAUUAAGUCUUAUUCACUGUUUUGAGAACUAUGAUGUAAAUAUGUUAUCACUGUAUUUGAUGUUACAUAAUUUCAGUAAAUACUGAUACUGCUAUUUUUAAGAGCAUGUGUGUGCUACAUACAAAACUUCGCAAAAAGAUUAAAAAAUACGUACAUAAUAUAUCUAUUGCAUGUU